AUGCGUACUGCGAGUCGCAUGGCGCACCGCUGCAUCGGUGUGGCUGCCGGUGCUGCCACUGUCGUCCGCGCGCAUGGCUUGCACUACACAGCGUCGCAGCGGCACUUCUUUGCGACCACGUGCGCACUACUCGGCCGCUGUAUCCCAUACAAGCUGGCGGAUAUCGGCGAGGGGAUAACCGAGGUGCUGGUGCUGGGCGUUCGCGUGAAGGCCGGCGACACCAUCAACGAGUUCGACCCCAUCUGCGAGGUGCAAAGCGACAAGGCCACCGUCGACAUCACAUCCCGCUACACAGGCGUGGUGAAGGCGGUGUACCUGCAGCCCGGUGCGACCGCGAAGGUGGGCUCCGUCAUGCUCGACAUCAUCCCAGAAGGCGCCGAUGAUGCGCCAGAGGCCGCCUCGCCGUCCCACAACGCGCCGUCGCCUUCGUCAGCGGCGCCUGCUGCUCAGGAGACAGCCUACUCCACGUCAAAGCCAUCAUCCAUCCCCUCGGCAGGUAAGGUGCUUGCGACACCGGCAACGCGGUACCUGGCGCGGGAGCACAACCUGGACCUCGCACAUGUGCCGGCCACCGGCAAGGGCGGACGAGUAACGAAGGGAGACGUGCUUCAGUUCAUGGAUGCGGGCAUGUCUGCAGGGGAGGCGUCACCGCCUCCAUCUGCGGCGUCGGCUGCCGCCACUGCGCCACCUGGAACCGUCGUGUCUGGAGUUCAGACGGAGGCGGGUGACACCGUCAUGCCCAUCACCGGCGUGCGCCGCGGCAUGGUCAAGACGAUGAACCAGGCUGCGUCGAUCCCCACCUUCACCUUCAGCGAGGAGUGCGAGCUCACCCGGCUCAUGGCUGUGCGCGAGUCGCUGAAGGAUGUGGUGAAGGAGCGCAGCAACGGCAAGGCAAAGCUGUCCUUCAUGCCUUUCUUUCUCAAGGCGGCGUCCAUCGCGCUGCAGCACCACCCAGACGUCAACGCUCACUGCCCGGCAGACUGCUCGGCGUUGGUGCGCAAGGCGGCACACAACAUCGGCUUCGCCAUGGACACGCCAAACGGACUCAUCGUGCCGGUUGUAAAACAUGUGGAGCGCAAGUCCAUCCUCGACAUCGCCAACGACAUGCAGGCCCUCAUUGAGCGUGGCAAGCACAACAAGCUGACGACACAGGACAUGACAGGCGGUACCUUCACGCUGAGCAACAUUGGCGUGAUUGGGGCAACGGUGACAACGCCGGUGCUGCUCCCGCCUCAGGUUGCCAUUGGGGCCAUUGGCCGCCUACAGAAACUGCCGCGCUUCGAGGCGAACGGCCGCCUGUACGCGGCGAAUCUCAUCUGCGUCUCCUUCACAGCCGACCAUCGCGUGAUCGAUGGCGCGAGCAUGGUUCGAUUUGCGAACGCGUACAAGCAGCUGCUAGAGCAUCCCGAGAAGAUGCUGGUGGGUCUGCGGUAA